GUCUGAUGUACAAUGUCACCAACAACGAUAAUUGCUAUGCACGAUUACGCCAGUCGAAAACGAUAAUCGCGAGUCGAUGCACGUAGGCCCGAGCGCGUAUAAAAGUACGCCACCCCGAGAGCACGAGCAUCAAUCGAUCUUCGAUCUUCGAGCUCUCCGAGGCUUUCCCGAUCCUCUCUCAACAGCCAGCAGACAUGAAGUACUUCGCCGCUAUCGCUCUGUUCGCCCUGGUGGCCGUCGCGGCCGUCACGGAGGCGAAACCCACCGGAGUGGAGUCCGUCGAACCGGUGCGGGCCGAACCCGCCGCGCCGGAAGCGCCGAGGGAUAAGCGAGGGCUGCUGCUAAGCGCGGCUUACACGGCGCCGCUCGCUUACAGUGCAUACACCGCCCCGGCCCUGACGUACUCCGCAUACAGCUACCCCUAUGCGUACACAGCCUAUUCGGGCUACCCCUAUUACGCCUCCGCCUACAGCGCGCCCUAUUACUUGGCCUAGAUACGCGGCCGCACAAGCCCGGGGGAACACGCCGAACUACCGACCAGCCUCUCUGAUUUCAACGACGACAACCGCCACGACUCGGCCGGCCGCGCGAGGGGAACACUCGAGAGCGCGACGCGAUCACGUAAGACAGUUUCAUCGGCAAAAGUAUCCUAAGCGGAGUAUCACUGAUGCAUGAAAUGGAUUCUGGCGCUUCCGUCGUGACGACGUUCGUUCGCGAGUGAAAUGGAUUAUGUACCGUUUGUUUGGAUUCGAUUUUCGCGGAAGGGGUUUUGUUUUACGAGGCACCUGACUCGAGGUUUGCGCCGAGGUUCUUUGCAAAUUAUUCUUGACCAUUCAAAAGUCAUGAAAGGUACGCGAACGAAAUAUGGGCACGAUAUAAAUAGCCAUUCGUAUGCAUGAUAGAGAUUCUACGCGGAUUCCCGGCGAAUAAACAGGAAACGAACCAUAUUAAGAACCAGGCCUCGCUCGAGCGAGGUACCUUCACUUUCGUUGCCGUUAAUACCUCUCGCAGUUGUAUCUGUGGACUAUUCACUCUCCAAGGAAAACACUCAUACGUUCGUAUGAUCUAUUUGAGGAACACUUAUCGCACUAUCACGUAUACGCACAUCUCUUAUUAUCUACGUAUUUACAUGAACAAAACGGACCGUCCACCACUUGGAUUUGUACAAAAAGGACCAUUCGUGCAACGCGAUAUACGACUUAUAUGUAAGAUCGUGAUAAACCGUUGUCACGAACUCUCUUUGUGCAUAGAAUGCAUUUACAGACCGUGUAAUUCAGUGAAAACCUCGAUUAUGUUAUCACGUACAGUGUAUGCUCCCCGUUUCGUCUAAAUGUUUACGUAAAUCUGACUUUUUCUUCACGAGAAGAGUAUCCGCAGCGUGAUUCUGUAUAUCUCUCAUCGCAUAAAAUUAAUUUAAAAGAAUUUGACGAAACGCUGUUAACUCUUCCUCGCGCCUGUGUAUCUUCCACAAAAUAUCUGUAUGUUCAUAAAUCAUGUAAGUCACUGUAGAAAAUAAAAAUAUAAUGCAAUAA